UUGGAAGGUGUGGGCUGUAAAUUACCUGGGCGUGUCGUUAAAACGCAGGUAGUUUCGACACUCUCGUCUCGCGCUAUCCGGGUUAUUGACAGUCUCAACUUGGAUGGUGAAGUUCCAACAAGACAGCGGAGGACUAAGACAGGAAAAGAGGAACUAAUAAGGAUAAUACGUCAGCAGCUGAAUAAAAAACAAAGUCUGAAUGCAUCAUCCUAACUGACAACAUUUUGGACAAGUCUCUUCACCACAACAGCUGCAGCAAAAUCCAAUAAAACAUUCAGAACAGUUUAUAUUUUGCUGCCAAUUUAUUAUAGAUUUUACUCCUGCUUGUAUGUGUGACUGAGACCAUGACUUUGUCCCAAACCUGCUGAAAGCUCCUUGACAAAGAUGCAACCGGGAGAUCCACCCGCUCCACCACCACCACCACCACCACCACCACCACCUCCGCCUCCACCACCUCCACCUCCACCUCCAGUCCCAGGCCUCCCUCCAUCCCUACAUGGCCCAGGCCUCUCUGCCAAGGGAGCGCACCGGCGCUCCAAGAUGCGCAAUUUUAACUGGGAAACCCUUCCCAAACACAGUGUGGUAGGAAAGCACAACAUCUGGACAGCAGAUAAGACUGAUGGGGAAUAUGAGCUGGACACUGAUCACAUGGAGGAGCUGUUCAGCCACAAGCAGGACCAGCAACAACUCAAGGCCCAGAAUCGGCAGAGUCUGAGGGGCCUGCCAUCUACUGCUUCAGGAGGGGUGAUGGUUUCCAUCCUCAACUCCAAGAGGAGCAUGAACAUUGGAAUUUUCCUAAAGCAAUUCAAGCGGCCUGUAAAAGAAAUAAUUGAAGAAAUUAAAUCAGGAAGUAGUCUCGGUUUUGCUUCUGGAAAACUGAGGGAGCUGUGCAAGCUGCUGCCAGAUGAAUGGGAGCAGAAGCAGCUGGUCGAUUUUAAGGGCGACCACUCCACUCUCCCAGAAGCAGAUCUGUUUAUGCUAAUGCUGGUCAAGAUUCCCAGCUAUGAGGAGCGUCUCAGCAGUUUGGUGCUCAAAGAGGAAUUUUUUCCCCUCAUGGAUGAAAUGAAAGAAUUUAUUGCCACUAUGACAGCAGCUGGAAAAGAGCUGUUGGAGUCGGAUCAUCUCCAUUCUGUCAUUCGCCUGGUACUGAAGACUGGGAAUUACAUGAAUGCAGGUGGCUAUGCGGGUAGUGCAGUUGGCUUUCGAAUGGCUUCUCUGUUGAAGUUAGCAGACACCAAAGCAAACAAACCUGGAAUGAAUCUUAUGCAUUAUGUUGUCAUGCAAGCUCAGAAGGUAGAUGUGGAACUGCUUAAAUUUACAGAUGAACUCAAACACAUUGAAGCUGCAGCAAGAAUUAAUAAAGGCGAAAUUGAAGCAGAGUUUGAAAAACAGGUAAAGAAAGUUCAAGAUGCCAAAGCAGACAUCUUGAAGGAGGAAGAUCUAAUGGCACAGAUGGAGGAUUUUCUUAAGGAGGCUGAUGCCUGCUUGGCAGAAAUAGAAACAGAUCUUCAGGAAUUGCAGUCAGUGAGUGACUCUGUGGCAGAGUACUUCUGUGAAAACCCAGACAAGUUCAAACUGGAGGAGUGCUGCUCCAUUUUCAACUCCUUCUUUGAGAAGUUUAAGCGGGCCAUGCAGGAAAACAAGGCUCGAGAGGUGGCAGAGAUGCAACGGAGACACAGAGAAAGAUUGCAGAUUGCUGCUAAGCGCAGGUCCACAGCUACAUGCUCCAGUAGAGACAAGGAACUUGAUGGAGUUGCAUUGCAGUCCAUGCUACAGAAUCUUCUUACCAAUCGUGCCUCUCGGAGGAGAAUCGGAACCGGAAGGCCCUCAUCCAUGUUUGGAAGUCCCACAGGUGGCAGCCCCAACAAUGGAAGCCUAUCAGAAAUUACCUCUCGGGCAAACCUCCCACCUGGUGAUGAAAAAAGUGGAGGCCCUAUUAGAGUGAAGGACAUGGGCAGAAAAGAGUGGAAUUCAGCAUUUGAACUCACAGAGAACCCUUCACAAAAGAAAGCCCAGUCUAAUAUCGAGGAUAACAAGACAAAAGCUGACAUUCCUCAUGAAGAAGAGGUGAAAACUUCCAGAAAAGAGGACCUCAGAAAUUUUACAAACCCAGCCAAUAGGACCACCAGCAUUUCUUCCUCCUGUAGAUCUUUCUCAGCCACCACUGAUGAUAGCGAGGAAGAUCUACAGGAUAAUAAUGAGGAGGAGGCCCAAAGGUUACGUGAAGCAUCCAAAAAAGUUUUGCGCUUUCAGAAGAGCCGUGGCAGUGUCUCAUCUGGGGACCAUUCUCUGGAAAAUGUGAAAUCUCCUGGUCCAGUUACCACCUUGCCGCGUCAGCGCACCUUCGAUGAAGAGACAGAUAGGUAUCCUGGAGACCCUACCAAUGAGGAUUUAAUUAGAUUUUUGCUCAGUCCUCAGUGCUCCUCAAAAUGUAACCUUGGCCGCCGCCAUACUCUACCCACCAUGGUCUCUAAAACUGAGGAAGAGGAAGAUAAUCUGUUUGCUAAGCCUCCACUCAGAACUCCUAAAUCUGCAGCAAAAGAAAAAGGGACACAGGCAGCAGGGAGUGCUGGACACCAUUCCUCAAAACAAGUGUUUGACUUUACUGAUGUAUCUCACAGCUUUCAAAAAUCUGCUUCACAAGACCAGACUUCUCCAUCAGCGGAAAAGAAAAGCAAGCCAAAUGAUUCUAUGACCAAUGCUUCCGAUCGAGGGCUUGGGGAGCAAAAUGAAAUGGGCAAGGCAAUGGAGCCCACAGGCAACCACUUGCAGAAGAAUAGUGAAAAUGUUCCCCCUAAGAGUACGUGGAUUAAGGCUGAAAACCCUGGACUAUUUUUUAGCUUUUUAAAACGCCUUGGAGACAUGAGCAAACUACAGAGCAGCAAAGAAACUGUCCAUAAGAGCACUGAUUCUGCUGUAUAGGCAGGUCAGGGAAGCACAUGUAACUUUAGUGUCACUUGUAAUAUACUCAUCAUGGUGAUGAGUAUAUUUUUGUUACAUUUGUAAAUCAAUAAUGUGGUUGUGCAGAGAUUGAGAGAUGGUUCCAGAAAAGUAGUUGGAGAGGGAAAAGUUGAGGAAAAGCUAUUUUGUAUGUUGUACCACUAGAUGGCAGAAUAUAACAGUAACAUUGUAAACUGUUGCACAGAAAACAGGGCUGUUGUUGAUCUCCAGGCAAUCUGUACAUUGUCUGGUGAACAAAAGAAAGAUGGGCACACACACUAUAAACAUUUUUAGUUAUUUUUUUUAUCUGUUAAUAACAAUAUUACCUUGUCAGUACAGUGUUGUUCUCUUUAGUUUGAUAAAUGGGUCAAUACUUACAGUGUGUGUUCUUUUUCCAGAUCAAAAUAUACAACCUUGCAGAAUGUAUUGAGAAAGUAAGUGGAUGUUGAGUGUGAGCAUAAGAGAGCAUAAGAGUAAGAGAGCAUAGAGAAAUCAGAUUGUAAGUUAAAUCGUGGUUUAAUUAUUAUUUUUGAUACUUUAAUAACUGGAUGCUUGGAUUUAGUGCUGUUAUUUUUCAGUUUUACAGUCAUAAAUAUCUUUGUCUUUUGCCUCUUUGUUUCCCUCCCCCGCUGCUGUCACAGAAUCACAUCAAAAAUGCUGAAGGUUGAGGAUGCUUUCAGGGUCUUACUCAAUUCAGCUAUUGUUUUGAGCUAAAAUGGGUCAGUGUUACAAAGGCUGCUUGUGCCAAUACAUCUAGGAUUUCAAAAUGUAAGUUUGAUUACUGGCAUCUAUUAGCAGUCAAUUCUAGGGUUACAAUAAUUAGCUUUUUAGGACUAUGUCCAGCUGUCUGACUGAAGUGUUACAAUGAGGUAAUGUUUGUUUUUGCUCUUAUUUAAACACAGCUAGAGUGCUAUUUCUUUGCAGUUGAAAUUGUACAGAACUAAGAUGAAUGGUCAUCAAAAUUACAGAGAAACUAAAUCUUAAGUUGUGACAUUGUUCCUUGUAUCUCUCAUCAGUGAGAACAGUAAAUAAAUUUGUAUAAAACCUC